UCCAGCGUUCCACCCCGACGAGCGGCUCGCUCCGAGUUCGUCCUCCUGCUCGCUCCCCUCCGACUCCCCCACCACUCCACCCCCGCUCUGCCACUCGCCCGCCGGGCCGAGAUCUCCUCCCCCCUCGCCGCCGCCUCGUUGCGGCGCGUCGCGACCGCCGCCCCGCGGACCCCGAGGCUCCUUCGGCCGCAGAUGCGUCCCCUCCUCGCCCUCGCCGUGUGCGCCCUCCUCGCGGCGGGCGCGGCCGCCGCGGGGGAGGAUGCUGCGAACACGACCAACAAGUUCCGCCAGCGCGAGGCCAGCGACGACAUGCUCGGAUACCCCCACCUUGAUGAAGAUGCAUUGUUGAGUACCAAGUGUCCAAAACAUGUGGAGCUGAGAUGGCAGACCGAAGUUAGUUCGAGCAUUUAUGCAAGUCCACUGAUUGCUGAUAUCAACAGUGAUGGAAAGUUGGAAGUAGUGGUGCCAUCGUUUGUCCAUUACUUAGAAGUGCUUGAAGGUUCCGAUGGAGACAAACUACCAGGAUGGCCUGCGUUUCACCAGUCAAAUGUUCAUUCAAGUCCUCUUCUCUAUGACAUUGACAAGGAUGGCACACGGGAAAUAGUGUUGGCUACUUACAAUGGUGUAGUGAAUUUCUUCAGGAUAUCAGGUUAUCUGAUGAUGGACAAGCUAGAGGUACCUCGUAGGAAAGUUCGUAAAGAUUGGCACGUUGGGCUAAAUCCCGAUCCAGUAGACCGUUCCCAUCCGGAUGUUAAUGACAGUUCAAUUGCGAAACAAGCUGCUUCUGAGGAAUCUCACCCAAACAUUCAGGACAAAUCAGCUGGUGAUGAAUCUUCAAAGGAACCUCAGUCACGAAGUACAACCAACACAUCACAGGGAGCUGAUCCCUUGAAACAUCCAUCUGAGCUACAGUCGGCCGAAACAAAACCUAAUCCUACCGCUGAAAAGGAGAAUCCAGAGUUGCCAAAAAAUCCGAAAACCACGACAGAGAGUGCAUCACAUGCUCAGAGAAGGUUGCUUCAAACAGCAGAUAAAAGUGAUGAUCAAACGGGAAGUGCAGAAACUCAUGGAAGUGAUGCAGGAACAGCAGGAGAAUCAACUGUUGAAAAUGAUGAGCCUUUAGAGGAGGAAGCUAAUGCAUCAUUUGAUUUGUUUCGGGAUGCAGAAGAUCUCCCUGAAGAGUACAGUUAUGAUUAUGAUGAUUAUGUUAAUGAGACCUGGUGGGGAGACGAGGAUUGGACAGAACAAGAGCAUGAGAAAGCGGAAGAUUAUGUGAGCAUAGAUGCUCACAUAUUGUCGACCCCAGUAAUUGCAGAUAUUGACAAUGAUGAUGUACAAGAAAUGGUUAUUGCUGUAUCGUACUUCUUUGACCGCGAGUAUUAUGAUAACGCAGAGCAUUUAAAAGAGCUAGGAGGGAUUGACAUAGGAAAAUAUAUUGCAAGCAGUAUAGUUGUUUUUAACCUUGACACAAAACAAGUAAAAUGGACAGCAGAACUCGAUUUGAGUACCGAAAGCGGGAAAUUCCUUGCCCAUGCAUAUUCGUCUCCAACUGUGGUUGAUUUGGAUGGUGAUGGAAAUUUGGAUAUCCUUGUUGGAACUUCCUAUGGCUUGUUUUAUGUUCUUGAUCAUCACGGUAAGACUAGGAAAAAUUUCCCCCUUGAGAUGGCUGAGAUCCAUGCACCAGUCAUUGCAGCAGACAUCAAUGAUGAUGGUAAGAUUGAGAUGGUCACUGCUGAUGUGCAUGGUAAUGUAGCAGCUUGGACUGCAGAGGGAGACGAAAUCUGGGAGGUGCAUCUGAAGAGCCUUGUUCCACAGCGACCUACUGUCGGGGAUGUCAAUGGAGAUGGCCACACUGAUAUUGUCGUCCCAACUGUAUCGGGAAACAUCUACGUUCUUAGUGGAAAGGAUGGCUCAAAAGUUCAGCCUUUCCCAUAUAGAACACAUGGAAGGAUCAUGAGUCCUGUCUUGUUAGUUGACAUGAGCAAACAUGGAGAAAAGACGCAAGGACUAACCCUUGCUACUACGUCCUUUGAUGGUUAUCUGUAUUUGAUCGAGGGCUCUAGUGGCUGUGCAGAUGUUGUUGACAUUGGAGAGACCUCGUACACUAUGGUUUUGGCGGACAAUGUGGAUGGCGGAGAUGACCUUGAUCUCAUUGUUACUACCAUGAAUGGCAAUGUCUUUUGCUUCUCCACUCCUUCACCACACCAUCCUCUCAAGGAAUGGAGAUCAUCAAACCAAGGAAGGAAUAAUGCUGCAUAUAGGCACAACCGUCAAGGUAUUUAUGUUAAGCAUGGUUCCAGGACAUUCCGUGACGAAGAGGGUAAACAUUUCUGGGUCGAAUUUGAGAUUGUAGACAAGUACAGGGUUCCCUAUGGGAAUCAAGCUCCUUACAAUGUCACGGUAACUCUACUCGUCCCCGGGAAUUACCAGGGAGACAGGCGCAUUGUGGUCAGUCAAGUCUACAAUGAACCAGGACACAAGCGGAUGCAGCUCCCCACCGUGCCCGUCAGAACCACAGGAACUGUGCUCGUGGAGAUGGUGGACAAACACGGGCUGCAUUUCGCCGACGAGUACUCGCUCACCUUCCACGUGCACUACUUCAAGCUGCUGAAAUGGCUCGUGGUUCUGCCGAUGCUCGGGAUGUUCCUUGUCCUCGUCGUCCUACGGCCCCAAGAAGGCGCACCGUUGCCGUCUUUUUCGCGGAACAACAUCGACUAGUGCGGCCCCUGCGGCGAAGCAGAUCAAGAGGCAGGCAGGUCCGGCUCUCCCAUGGUGGGACCACUGCACACCGUAACACACUGGGGAGUGAGCGCAGUCUGCGCCAUGAGAUUGGAAAUCCUGUAUGCCGCUGCUCCCCAUCCAUCAGUUAACUAGUUCGGCAGGGCAGAUAUAGUUUUACAGUAUAGAAAUACAGUUUGAGUUUUGAGGAAGAAUUUUGUGACACUUGAAUUAUUUUCUAACUGAUGAUCAUGAUGUGCCGCGCUGUUCAUCGUGACCCUAUUUUGUGUACUCAAGGGGUCCCUGUUUUUGUUGUUCGGCUUCAGGCGCUGGUCUGUAUUCUUCAGUUUCUUGUGAUGUCCGGAGCUUGUUUGUGUGCAAGGCCACAAGGGUCCGGAUUCUUAACUGCUGGGUUUCUGUUUUUUAUCCGAAAGCAGAUGUCAGGGAAUGAUAAAAUAUAUGCUGGCCUUUGUUGUUUUUGUUUUAUUA